AUGGGCAGUAACAACUUACAGUCCCUCAUCAUGGGUUUAUACAUGCUGAAGCCAUUGGCUUUACAGAUUCCAGAAAUUGAAAGAAGUGGUAAGCAAGAUUACUAUGAAGAGGAUGAACAUUCUCCCACCUCACAGAAUGCAGCAUUUCAUCAUGAAAGCUGGCAGGCCUGCAGAUCGGGAGUUGAAGGAGCUGAAGCAGUGGAAGAAGACAAUGAGAAUGAAUCAGACAAGGAGGCUGCGUACAGCCCAACGGAUGCUGGCAGUGAGAGCUCAGAGAACCAGUAUGACGACUUGUAUGUGUUUAUUCCUGGAGAUGAUCCAGAAAAUAAUCCAUCAGAGUCACUCCUGAGCAGCAGACCUCCUCCACCCCCACCACGACCUGUAGCUACUAUCCUACAACCAGGAAAAUCUCAGUUAACAAUGCAAGGGACAACACUUCAAGGCCAAGUAGAAAGAAAUAAAAACUGGUGUGAUCUUGGUGAAAAACAAGAAACAAGAGGUGAACUCAAAGGAGAAGCUCUAAAAGAAGAUGAAAAGGCACAGGUGGAAGAGGAAGACCCAUACACUUUUGCUGAGAUAGAUGACAAUGAAUAUGACACAAUACUAGCCAAUAUGAGUGUAAAGAAAAAACUUGGAAGCCGGUCUUUCAUCAUAAAUCGACCUCCUGCCCCUACUCCUCGACCUAUAUCUGUCCCUCCUAAAGAGGAUACUCAACCCUACAUAGCACAAGUAUUCCAACAAAAGACAGCCAGAAGACAGUCUGAUAGUGACAAAAUCCAUGGUCCUUCUAAAAAGCAAGACAGAGUUCGCAUAGAGAGCCAAGUCUUUUCAAGUCUAAAAGAUUGCCUGGCUGCUGGGCAAGAAGAACUCAUCCUUUUGCAAGAGAAAGUCAAGAGUGGGAAAAUAUCUGUGGAUGAAGCACUGGAGAAAUUUAAACACUGGCAGAUGGGGAAAAGUUGCUUGGAAAUGAUUCAGCAGGAAAAAUUACGUCAACUACGAGACUGUAUUAUUGGGAAAAGGCCAGAAGAAGAAAAUGUUUAUGCCAAUGAAACAUCCCCAAAUGAAAACAAUUUGUGUAGCACACCCUUUGGCAACAAGCCUCCUGCUAAACUUCCAGUUGAAAAAGAAAUUGGUUUCCAUUGCAGGAAAGAUUAUUAA